AUGGAAUCAAGAGAAGUCAACCUCGCUAUAUAUGAGCAAGAAGUGAGGUGGAGAGGUGACAUGACCAAAUUGAAGCUGAGCAUGGAGCUAUGUCUUCAUCAUCCAUAUCACCAAGAUGGGCAAUCAAAGUGCCCUCAUUUAAAUACAUCACAUGCAGUGGGGCUUAAGCUUAUCCAACAUGACAUAUUGCCAUGGUUGGCAUUCGGCCAUGGCCGUGAUUAA